CUUUGAUGUACGGUUCAUUCUUCUCUCCAAAUUUGUCUUCUGCUCUUGUCAGUUGUCACUUCCACUCUGACCGGCCAUAAUUCUUUUAAAUUCAAGAAAAAUGACUAAACAGGGACAAAUGGAUCUAGAACUUAAAAAAGCAUUUGCUGAACUACAACAGAAAAUGGUUGAGACAUCUCAGAAGCUUAAAUUAGCUGACCUGCAGAUUGAAACACUUAAAAGAAGUAUGACACAUGCCCAACUUACUGACAAGGAAAUUAGUCAGCUCCCCACUGAUACAAAAACAUAUGAAAGUGUAGGCCGUAUGUUUGUGUUAAAGGAGGUGACUGAAGCACGCUUGAACCUUGAUAACAAAAUCAAAGGCUGUGAAGAAAAAGUAAAAACUCUUGAGGGAACAAAGGCAUACCUGGAGCGCAGCCUAAAGGAAAGUGAGAACAACAUAAGAGAAAUGAUCCAACAAAGAAAAGAUGCCAAUGUGGGAGAUCAACAUUAAUAUGUAAUGAUUUUGUCAAGUUGGAAAUUUUGUCCUGCUUUUUAUUUGUUUGUUUCCAUUGAUUGAAAAAGAAAUAAUAAACUGCUUAAUGCUUCA